CGUUUUCUGCCUUUAUAAUACCCUUUACUUUACAAGAUGGCUGCGCCCUUGAAACGGUGCUUGUUUGGGUUAAGCCAGCUCACUUCCAGAUUUGGUCACCUGGCAGUGAAGCCGAGACCAAUCGGAUCAAUCAACAGAGCUGUGACGUACUGUGUUAACAGACAACGAUUUAGUGUGAUGACCAACAUCCGAGCAACACCACAGCCCCAUACUGCCAAACAAAUAUCACCAUCAUCAUCCUUUAAUGGGUCAUUAACACAGGUAUGCUCGCCAUUCCUACAACCAGUACGUACCAAAACAAGUGUCAGCUUAAAGAAAGGAAAGGAAAAGACGAUCCCUUCAGUUUUACACCGGUUCAAGCGUAUGCAGUGGGGUGGCUGGAUUAGAACCAAAUCCGGCAAGAAUAAGAGAAUGUGGGCAAAGUCACCACAGCGUCGCUAUCGACUGCAACAACACGUGAUGUGUAACGGUGCACAAAGUAAACUUCUGGAUAAAAUGGUGACCGGGUAUUGGAGGAAACAUCGUCACUAUCCGGACGAUCCCUACGCUCCGUAUCAUAAACGUACAAACUUUCCAUAUUCUGACAAUAAUGAGGUUCCUCCAUUCCUGCCAUAGCUGCUGUUCUGGGUACUGAGACAUUGGAAUCGGAUAAUUGAAUUAUUGAUUAAAAUAGUUCACUUACAUUCAAUUUGCUUUAAAUUGUUCUUCUUCAUUUCUGUGCUAUUAAACAUUAUAUAAAAUAA